AUGAAGAUAUCUGAAAAAUUACAUCAAGCACAUAAUACUACGCAUCCACCGCCGGCAACAUUUUCAUUUGAAUUUUUUGUACCAAAAACUUCACAAGGUGUUCAAAAUCUUUAUGAUAGAAUGGAUAGAAUGUAUGAUUUGAAUCCUAUUUUUAUAGACAUUACUUGGAAUGCUGGUGGUAGAUCAUCAUCUUUAACCAAUGAAAUGGUUUAUACUGCACAAUCAACUCUAGGUUUAGAAACUUGUAUGCAUUUAACUUGUACAAAUAUGAAAAUAGAAUUAAUAGAUGAAGCUUUGGAAAAAGCUUUUAAAUCUGGUUGUCAAAAUAUUUUAGCAUUAAGAGGGGAUCCACCAUUAGAUGGAAGUGAAUCAACUGGAGAUUUUAAAUAUGCAAAAGAUUUAAUUAAAUAUAUUAGAACAAAAUAUGGAAAUCAUUUUAAUAUUGGUGUUGCAGCUUAUCCUGAGGGCCACCCGGAAGAAGAAGAUGAAAUUAAAACAUUACAAUAUUUAAAAGAAAAAUGUGAUAUUGGAGCUGAUUUUAUAAUUACUCAAAUGUUUUAUGAUGUUGAUAAUUUCAUUUCAUGGUGUGAAAAAUUAAGAAAAAUUGGUGUUAAUAUUCCAAUAAUUCCUGGUAUUAUGCCAAUUUCAACUUAUGCUGCAUUUAUAAGAAGAGCUACUUGGUCAGAAAUUAAAAUUCCUCAACAUUUUUUGGACGCAUUAGAUCCCAUUAAAGAUGAUGAUUUCUUAGUUAGAGAAAAGGGAACCGAAUUAGUUAGUGAAAUGUGUUCAAAAUUAAUAAAAUCAGGUCAUGUCAAUCAUUUGCAUUUCUAUACAAUGAAUUUAGAAAAAGCAACAGUUAUGAUUUUAGAAAAUUUAAAUCUUAUUGAAGCUAUUAAAUCUCAUGAAGUUGUUGGAGGUACUGAAUUACCAUGGAGAAAAUCCUUACAUCCAGAAAGGUCAAAGGAAAGUAUUAGACCAAUCUUUUGGCAAAAUAGAAAAUAUUCAUAUGUAUCAAGAACUGCAACAUGGGAUGAGUUUCCAAAUGGUAGAUGGGGUGAUUCAAGAUCUCCAGCUUUUGGUGAUAUUGAUCUUUGUGCUUCUGAAUUAUUAAGACAAUCACCAAAAAGGGCAUUUGAAUUAUGGGGUAUUCCACAAGAUUUAAAAGAAUUAAGUAAUUUAGUUGUUUCAUAUCUUCAAGGUGAUUUAAAAUCUUUACCAUGGUCAGAUGGAGCUGUUGGUGAUGAUACAAAAAUCAUUGUUAAUGAUUUAGUUAAAUUAAAUAAACAAGGUUUACUAACAAUGAAUUCUCAACCAGCUUUAAAUUCAGUCAAAUCAUCAGAAAAAGUAUUUGGUUGGGGUCCUAAAAAUGGUUAUGUUUAUCAAAAACAAUACUUGGAAUUUUUCUGUCAUAAAAAUAUAAUAUCUAAAUUAUUAUACAAAAUUGAUGAGUUUAAUUCAAAUCAAGGAGAAAGUUCAUCAUCAAUCAUUACAUAUUAUGCAGUAGAUGUUGAAGGUAAUUUAAGUUCAAAUUGUAAAGAUGAUGAUAUUAAUGCAGUUACAUGGGGAGUUUUUCCAGGUGAAGAAAUUUUACAACCAACAAUUGUUGAAAAAACAUCAUUUUUAGCAUGGAAAGAUGAAGUUUAUAGAUUAUUUUCAGAAUGGGAUAAAGUUAUAUCAUCAAAUAAACUGGAUAUAAAAGAUCAAACACAACUUCAAAAUUUCAAAAAUUUAAUGUCACAGUUUAAAAAAGAAUUUGUUUUAUGUAAUUUAGUAAAUAAUGAUUUUGUUGAUUCCAAUUCAACUUUAUUCAACUUAAUUAAUGAUUUAAAUUUACAAGAAUUAUAA